AUGGAAAAGGACCACAAGGUCCCGGGUCUACUCCGGAAGAAAAAGGUGCAGGUGGAAACAAUGGAAAAGGACCACAAGGUACUGGAUCAGGACCUGGGGGAAAAGACUCUGGUGGGAACAACGGAAUGGGACCUCAGGGACCUGGGUCAAGUCCCGAUGGAAAAGGGCCAGGGUCCGGACCUGGGAGCAAUGAAUCUGGCGGACCCGGGUCUAGUCCUGGAGGAAAAGGACAAGGCGGAAAUAAAGGAAAAGGAUCCAAAGGACCGGGAUCAGUACCCGGAGGAAAUCAUGGAAAAGGACCAAAAGGGCCCGGGUCAAGUAAUGGAGGAAAAGGACCAGGAAAGGGACCUCAAGGACCUGGGUCUAGUCCUGGAGGAACAGCACCAGGAAAAGGACCAGGCGGUGGAUCAAAAGGACCCGGGUCUAGUCCUGGAGGAAAAGGACAAGGCGGAAAUAAAGGAAAAGGAUCCAAAGGACCGGGAUCAGUACCCGGAGGAAAUCAUGGAAAAGGACCAAAAGGGCCCGGGUCAAGUAAUGGAGGAAAAGGACCAGGAAAGGAACCUCAAGGACCUGGGUCUAGUCCUGGAGGAACAGCACCAGGUAAAGGACCACAAGGACCCGGGUCUAGUCCUGAAGGAAAAGGACCUGGUGGAAGUAACGGAAAAGGAUCACAAGGACCAAGUUCCGGACCUGGAAGCAAUGAAUCUGAUGGACUUGGUGCAACCAGUAGGAAAAGGACCAGGCGGUGGAUCAAAAGGACCCGAAUCUAGUCCUGGAGGAAAAGGACAGGGCGGAAAUAAAGGAAAAGGAUCCAAAGGACCGGGUACCCGGAGGAAAUCAUGGGACCAAAAGGGCCCGGUCAGGAAAAGGACCUGGGAAAGGAACCUCGACCUGGGUCUAGUCCUGGAGGAACAGCACCAGGUAAAAGGACCACAAGGACCCGGGUCUAGUCUGGAAGGAAAAGGACCUGAAGAACGGAAAAAGGAUCAAGGACCAAGUCCGGACCUGGAAGCAAUGAAUCUGGUGGUAACAACGGAAUGGAAAGGGACCUGGGUCGAGCCCUGGCGGAAAGGGCCAGGGUCCGGACCUGGGAGCAAUGAAUCAACAACGGAAAGGGACCUCAAGGAAACCAGUAGAAAGGACCAGGCGGUGGAUCAAAAGGACCCGGGUCUAGUCCUGGAGGAAAAGGACAAGGCGGAAAUAAAGGAAAAGGAUCCAAAGGACCGGGAUCAGUACCCGGAGGAAAUCAUGGAAAAGGACCAAAAGGGCCCGGGUCAAGUAAUGGAGGAAAAGGACCAGGAAAGGAACCUGAAGGAAGGAACCACCAGAAGGACCACAAGGACCCGGGUC